AUGUCGCCGAACUCAUCCACGGCAUGCGGAACUCCGCCCAUUUAUUCGAGAAGUCGCCACAUGAAUACCUCUGUAGAAGAGGGUUCACUGCGAGAAGUCUUAAAGAAGCAUCAUAAAACUGUUUUUAUUCGUCUCAACGGGUUCCGCAUCAUAUAUUGGCUGGCAUGCUGUGUAUCGGCCAUCGUUCAAAUUCUCUUCACACUAUUCCCAUUGGAUUUUCGAAUACUCUACCUCAUCGCUCACAUCUCACUUAUUGCCUCUCGUUCAGAAGUCUGCUGGGACAAAUUCGAUAUGAAUUACAGGAAUCAGUGUCUUAACGGGCACUGGCAACAGCGUUUCUAUUUCGACCAUGCCUCAUUAACUUGCCGACAGUUUUGGUACGACGGAUGCCGAUCUGAUUCAAGGAAUAUGUUCGAGGAUCAUCUGACAUGUCAAUGGCUCUGUGAGUCACAACCGAUGUACAAAUCAAGUAAGUUUUUUCAUAUACCAGAACCCACCGUA